UCUCUCACUAUCUGUUUCUUUCCAGGAGGGUCCGACAGCAAUAAGGGUAAAAGCAAAAAAUGGCGCAAAAUCCUCCAGUUUCCACACAUAUCGCAAUGUAUAGAUCUCAAGAACAAAAUAGAUGUAAGUUACGGUUACGUAGUUGAUCAGCAGCCAAUCGGGCGGGAGCUGUUUUUCCAGUUCUGCAAAGUUAAGCGACCGCAGUACUACCGGUAUAUCUCCUUUCUGGAAGAUACGACGAGGUACGAAAUCGCUGCCGAUGAGAUCCGUGUGGAGCUGGCGUACAAUGUGGCCAAGCGGUACCUGGGUCUGUGCACCCAGGACGGGCACGCCACCGAGGACACCGGCGGUGGAGGCCGCGGCGAUGACGGCGACGACGGGAAGUGCGACGACGACAGCGGAAUCGGUGGCGACACCAAAAAGCUCAGCAACCACGAUGACCCGAUCACGGCGGAGAAGAAGAGCCUGGCCGGGUCGAACUCGUUGACCAACUCGAACGCAGCAGUGGUGGUGGCGGCGCCCGGCAGCAAAGGUGCUACGGUCAACAACAGCACCGCCAACAAUGCCAUCAAGAAGUGCUCCAGUGGUGGUGGUGACGCCAGCAACGACGAGGACUACGAUAACGAUGACUUUGUGUUGGACAUUCUGAACGACGACAUCGUGGCGCAGGUCCGGAGUAAACUGCUAAAUGGCAGUAAGGAGCUCUUCGAGGCAUCGGUGACAGCGGUGAAAACAUUCCUGCAGGGGGAACCGUUCCGGGAGUUCGAAUCGUCGAUGUAUUUUCACAGAUACUUACAAUGGAAAUGGCUAGAGGCGCAGCCGGUUACUUACAAAACGUUUCGGAUGUACCGAGUCCUGGGCAAGGGGGGCUUCGGCGAAGUGUGUGCAUGUCAGGUACGUGCCACCGGCAAGAUGUACGCCUGCAAAAAGCUCGAAAAGAAGCGCAUCAAAAAGCGGAAAGGCGAAUCGAUGGUGCUGAUAGAGAAGCAAAUCCUGCAGAAAAUUAACUCCCGCUUCGUGGUGAACUUGGCGUACGCUUACGAAACCAAGGACGCACUCUGUCUGGUGCUGACGAUUAUGAAUGGUGGAGAUCUCAAAUUUCACAUCUACAACAUGGGUGGCGAUCCCGGCUUCGAGAUGAACAGGGCGCGGUUUUACGCCGCCGAGGUGGUCUGCGGGCUGGAACAUCUACACCAGAUGGGCAUCGUGUACCGGGACUGCAAGCCGGAAAACAUCCUCCUGGACGACACCGGACACGUGCGGAUAUCGGACCUGGGCCUGGCGGUGGAAAUUCCCGAGGGUGAAAUGGUCAGGGGGAGGGUUGGUACCGUUGGAUACAUGGCUCCGGAAGUCAUCGACAACGAAAAGUAUGCAUUUUCACCGGAUUGGUUCAGCUUUGGGUGCUUGCUGUACGAGAUGAUCGAAGGUCAGGCUCCGUUCCGGGCGCGGAAGGAGAAGGUGAAACGAGAGGAGGUCGACCGCCGGGUGAAGGAGGAUGCCGAAAAAUACUCCCACAAAUUUAGCGACGAUGCCAAAAUCCUGUGCCAACAGUUACUCAUGAAGGCCGUCAAGAACCGGCUGGGGUGCCGCAACGGUCGGUACGGUGCCCGGGAGGUCAAACUGAGCGGCUUUUUCAGCAGUAUUAAUUGGAAGCGGCUUGACGCGGGCGUUGUGGAACCGCCCUUUGUACCGGACCCACAUGCGGUAUAUGCCAAAGACGUGCUCGACAUCGAGCAAUUCUCGACGGUCAAGGGGGUGAAUCUGGACGCGACGGAUGAGAACUUCUACUCGAAGUUCAACACCGGUUCGGUGUCGAUACCGUGGCAGAACGAGAUGAUCGAGACGGAGUGCUUCCGGGAGUUGAACGUGUUCGGGCAGGACGAGUGCCCGACGCCUGACUUGCUCAUCAAUGCGCCGCCGGUGGUGGAGAAGCCCGGUUGCUUUCCGUUCCGAAGGAAGAAAAAGCAAUCCGCCCGCGAAAAGCCCGUUCCUUUCAACGAGAAAUUGCUUUCAUCUAGUCAGACCACGGUAACAGUCAGCUCGUCGCAGAACGAAAGCUGAUAGUGUGAUGGCCUAAGCCAGCCGCGUCAACCGCUAGAACGACAACAACAACAUCAACAGCAACAGCAAACUGAUGCACCAUCACCAACCAAGAUCUAACUGAACCAAAAAUGUCCCAGUAGCUCGGAAUUUUGUACAUUUACACUGAAGAAGGAGAUAGAAAAAAGGCGACGCAGCAGCAAAUCUCGAACAGCCAUCAUCGCCAUCGGAAGUCACGUGACUCCAGAAGCAACUCCAAAUCGGCACACAACUCUCACCCAAUGUGCAAUGUUGUGCACACAUUUUUAGCAACAAAUUACCAACCAAACAACCAGACGCGCAAAACGGCAAGAAGGAAUCGUACAAUUUCUUCUCGGGGUUUGUACACACGGUACUAGGAGAGCGAACUCAACCGUAGGAAAGGGUGCCACGUGGUCCUGUUCCUCGUUUGCAGGAAGGAACCGUUCAAGCCAACAAUCUUAAUCCGUACAUGCAAGAAAUAGUAGGAAGCAACCACUAGUAAAGAGGUAAAUUCUAGGAAGAAGUUGGUCGUAAAGAAGUUGAACAGUGCGCUCCGAAAGCGCGUAUGGCAGAAGCGCGAAAGAAGAAAUGGAAAUGUGUGCUUGUUGAAGAUUUUUACUUUCGAGUUGUUAUUAGGUUCUUUUUAAUUUCCGCAACAGAGAGAUGCACAAUCGUAAGCACAACAGCAGCAGCAACAGCAAUCAGCAACAGUGAUGAUUUGUUAUUUAUUUUAACAGGAGUUUCGAAUGUUUUAACCGUGAAUUUUAGGUUUCCUCUGUACAUAAUCGUUUCUAACGCCUAGGUAAAUUAUGGGCGCUCGCAAGAUGAGAAAGAGCCCCUCUUUCGGUUCUUCGAUCCACUUAUCGCGCUCAAAGUGUUUUUUAAGUAGCAUUUUUUUCUAUGUUUUAAAGCGACGUGAUUUUAAUUUACUAUAUAGUUGAUAGUAUGCAGAAAUGUGUUGGCACACGCGUGCACGUGAUCGAUCGUGAUCCAGCAUAUAAGUAGAAAUGGAAAACAUAACAAAUUGUAGAUUAUUACAAUGCACAAUGGGAAAAAUAUAUUUGGACUUCAUAUUCGGUGUACAAGGAAUGCCAUGAAACUUUAAAGAAAGAAUGAUAACAAUUCUAGAAUGUCGGAUGAAGUUUUACUUUUCAAAUGAUUCUUGAGUAAUUCAAGAAAUAUUCUACAGAAACUGAAGCAGUUUAAAAUAACUCUGAACUUGCUUAAGAAAGCUUCUGACCCACAUUUCUUUAAAUGUUUCUGGAGUAUCUUCACAGAUUCAGAAGUUAGUUCAGAAUUAUUUUAAAAAUGUUGGGAACAGUUUAGAAAUAUAAGCUUUCAAUAGAGUUCCAUUCAAGAUUUUUUCUAGCUUAGACAACAAUUUGAUAUGAAUUUUAUCUAUGUUUUUCCCAUUGCUCAGUGUACCUAAAACUAGAAUUAACAAUUAGUAAGUAACAGCAACUAGGAAGAAAGCAAGGAGAAAACAAGGAUAUGAAUAACUCAUAGGUGUUUUUGUAAGGUAAAAGAAAACAUUUUCCAACCCAAGGAAAAUAACCAAGUACAGCAUAAAUAGGCUUUUAAUCUUUCUCCCGUGCCCUCACCUGCACCCCGCCACCACCCACUACCGGAGCCGGUCGUGACACGGGGUGUAACGACGAGCUAUGGGAUGUGAUAGCAAGCAAAAUGUGUGUAGUAGUAGCUCACAGUUUUUAUUUCUCGCGAGAAUAGUGUGUUUUAUAUACCGAUUACGAGAGAAACCAAGUGCAAGACGAAGUAGACGAAUGUGUCCCCAGUUUGUAGAGGACUUCGAUGAUUCCGUUGUUAACGAAAAAAAAAAUGCGAAGGAGCAGUUCCCGAUAGAAUAUCCGCGUAAAUAGGCACAAAAAUAAGUCAACUUAAAACGUGUAGAAGAAGAAAGCCAAAAGAAUAGCGUGACUCGAAAACUCAAAUCAUACUCAUUUGAAUCGCAAGCGCACGCCAGAUGAGAUUAGUAACGAAGCAGCACAAAAACCUUUUUCGCUUAUAUCACACAUACACUUACAUCUUUAGAUUGAAAACA